GGCGGCCCCGCCCCCCGCCGCGCCUGGGCCGAGGCGAGCGGAGCCGCGGGCGCUGCGGGCGGACAAGAUGGCGGCGCCGGGCGAGUACUUCAGCGUGGGCAGCCAGGUGUCCUGCCGCACCUGCCAGGAGCAGCGCCUCCAGGGCGAGGUCGUCGCCUUCGACUACCCCAGCAAGAUGCUGGCGCUCAAAUGCCCUUCGUCCAGUGGGAAGCCCAACCACGCAGACAUUCUGCUCGUAAACUUACAGUAUGUGUCAGAAGUGGAAAUAAUCAAUGACCACACGGAAACGCCUCCCCCCUUAGCUUCCCUGAACGUCAGCAAGCUUGCCAACAAAGCACGGACGGAGAAGGAAGAGAAGAUGAGCCAGGCAUAUGCAAUUAGUGCUGGUGUCUCCCUGGAGGGGCAGCAGCUCUUCCAGACUAUCCAUAAGACCAUUAAAGACUGUAAGUGGCAGGAGAAGAACAUAGUUGUGAUGGAAGAAGUCGUUAUUGCUCCUCCGUACCAGGUGGAAAACUGUAAAGGCAAAGAGGGAAGCGCCCUGAGUCACGUACGGAAAAUAGUGGAGAAACAUUUCCGGGACGUGGAAAGCCAGAAGGUCCUGCAGCGUUCACAAGCACAGCAGACACAGAAGGACACGUCCCUGUCAUCCUGAGGCCAUCUCGGGAUGAGAUCGCCCUGUCCCCGUUGUCCCCUCCCUCCUGGGAGGCGGCGCCAGGGGCACCUUCAC